GUUUCGGCUAAAAUCAAAGAGUUUCGCGAAAAAAUCGAGCGCGUGUUGCAUGUCGAAACGAAAAGGAAAAAGAAAAAAAAGAAAGAAAGUAGAAAAAAAGAAGCGUGCACGGUACGAUAGCAACAGAUUUCGCGAAGCUUGCAAUUCGAGGAUUGCCGUUUCGUUGCUCCACUUCGAACGUUUUUCCGUCGGAUCGAAGCAACGUGUAGUCCCGUGUGCUCCGUAGUCUUGCAAAUAGUCGUGACUCAAUUUAAAUACGGCCAAUCGUUGCGAAAUGCUGACUCGGCGAACUUGGCUACCGAGUGCAUGAACGACCGGCGACGAGGACGACCGUCAACAGUGUGAAAGCAUCGACAUUAUGCCGAACACGAAGGAUUCUUACGGCGAGGAUGCCUCGCUUCUCUACCCGGAUAUGCAGAACGACAAGUUUAAGAGACUGUCGGCAACGUACUGCGAAACUCCGAUAUUGAAGGGUGCUGUGAACCAACUAAGAAAAUGGCCAACGGAUUUGUUUCUCGCUUUCGUGGCAGCCUGUCUGAUACUAGGGAGCUUAGUGUUCCUAGUGUUCGUCACGGUAGUUGUUUCUUUACCUAGCGUCGUCCGUUGUCGAGAGGAAGAAAUUUCGAUGCUGCAACUGGGAGCGUCGCGCAACGUCUAUUUCCUUAAACUGGCGAAUCAAAAUUGGUCCACCACGGACCUUUGUUACGUCGAAACAGCCGCUUACAAACAUCCGGACUUAAAUAUAUAUUUGAUAAAGUUAACGAACGAAGAGCCCGGCAGAGCGAGUUUCAACGAAUCGACCGAUAAUAAAACAAACUCGGAAUAUGGACAAUACGAUCCUUCGUCGCUAACUAUGGAAGACCGACUGAGAGAAAGACUGGCGCGCGCUAAUUCGAAUAUAAGGAACGUGAACGUGUCGAUCGAGCAAUUCUUCAGAAGGUCAAAAUUGUCGAGAAUCGUAAGAGAUCUGGACCACGAUGCGUUGGAAAUAGCCGCGAAAACGCAAUUGCUUUGGAGCGUUCCCGGAAUUACGCUCAGACCGGAUAUGUUUUGUAAUUUAGAUUCCGUGAAAGAAUAUUUUUGCACGAACAAAGAGAAAUGUCUACCGGAUACGCUCGCGACGAUCGAACCGGAUAACGAUAUCCAGAUAACAGGAGUGCCGUGCCAGGCUUUUAUGGGAUUUCUCUUGCAAGACAUAUCGAAAAAACAUCGCGAAGGAAAAUACACGCUGAGGAAGGCCUUAGAUAAAUAUUGCCCAAGAUCGCAUUACUGUCCGGAAAUCCGAAUUCUCGACUCGAGAUCAAAGUGUUCGAGCGACGCCUUGAAUUGUCCUUUAAUUUAUUCCAGCGUCUUGAUGCACGACUACAUGAAUCUCGAAAAUCUUAUAACGUGACACUGCUUUAUUGAUAAACUGUACACGCGUAGUUUACAAAAUACUAUAUAAAUACACGGUAUAAAA